GGUUAAUAUUGGAAACGCAAAACUCGCUCACUUGGAACGUGAUCUUGGUUUAACUGGAGAUCAAUAUAAUUGGUCUUUAGGUCUAUUUUUUGUGAGUUAUGUAAUAUUCGAAGUUCCAUCCAAUAUCAUAUUAGUCAAAGUCAAACCUUCAAUUUGGAUUGCAUCACUCAUGGUUGGAUGGGGUGUCGUAAUGGUGGCUAUGUCAUUCGUGAAAAAUUACCCUCAAUUAGUGGCAACGAGAUUGUUAUUAGGUGUUUUUGAAGCUGGUCUUUUUCCUGGUGUCGUAUAUUAUAUUACAAAAUGGUAUAAGAAAUCCGAACAAACUUAUCGAAUUGGUUUGUUUUUCGCUGGUGCCAUGAUUGCUGGUGCGUUUAGUGGACUUUUGGCAUUCGCUAUUAUGGGUUUGGAUGGCAAAUUUGGAUUGAGUGGCUGGCAAUGGGAUGAACGAAAGAUAGUUAUUAAUCGUUUACAGCUUGAUUCAGGACACAUUAAUACCAUCACAACAGAUUUUGAUAAAUCUCAGAUUUUCGAAGCUUUUAAAGAUUGGAAAGUCCACAUAUUUUCACUUAUACAAUUUACUGUGACAAUUACCGGAUAUGCAUUCUCUUUCUUUCUUCCAGCGAUUGUAAAUGGUUUGGGAUUUGAUCCUGUUAUUUCUCAACUUCUUUCUGUUCCACCAUAUGUCUUUGGAUGUUUUACAAUGAUUAUGGUUUCAAUAUUAUCUGAUCGAUACGGUGUUCGUGGACGAAUUUUGAUACUUUGUUUAUUGGUAGCAUUGGUAGGUUAUCUAUUACUUAUUGUUGCAAGUUCUAGUAUUGCUAUAAGAUACAUUGGUGCUUGUAUUGUUGGAAUGGGAAUGUUUUCAUGUGUUCCUUUAUCAAUAACGUGGUUAACGAACAAUUUAGCAGGCGACUUGAAACGCGCUGUAGGUAGUGCAAUUAUAAUAGCCAGUGGCAAUGUUGGUGGAUUAGUAGCCUCACAAUUAUAUCAACCUCAAGAUGCGCCAGCCUAUAAGUUUGGAAAUUCUAUUGCGAUAUCUAUUGUAACUGUUGCUAUAAUCAUAUCAAUAAUCCAAGGUUACUUAUUAGAUAGAGCCAAUAAGCUUAAAAUUAACGAUCCAGAUCGAUUUUUAAAAGGAAAAAAUAAAGAGGAGGCCAUGAUUUUGGGAGACAAGCAUCCAUCAUUUAUUUAUUUAAUCAAAGCUGAACCUAAUAACAGUAAUAUUAGAACACAAGAAAUCAUAAAUACACUCAUUAAUCAUGUCCAAACCUCUUCUAAUACACGAUUAUUAUACGUUCUUGAAGAAAAAGAUGAUUUUAUUAAAUUUGCAUUACCUCUUCUUGCCUAUCAUGAUUGGAUAAAAGAAGAAGAAAAGUAUGUGCCUAGUAGUCAUGCUGAUGUUAAAUAUUUAAGAAAAUCAGAAGAAAUUAUUACUGAAAUUAAAAAAUUUGCACAGCAAGGACUAUCUUUCUCAGCCAUCUGCCGUGAUAUUGUUCUAAACAGAGAUGAAUUCAUUCAACAAUGGGCUGAUAUUUUAAGAGAAAAUAAAAACAUACCUAACAAUUUAAAUAACCUCAUCCUUUCAUUGUUUCAAGUUUCUGAUGCCUUAAAAAUAUUGCCCGAUUAUCAAGAAGAAAUUAUUCAAUAUGAAAUAAGAAUUGGAAAAAUGGGUCCUCACCAAAAAAUCAUGCGAAGAUUUGAAAUAAAUUCAACUAGUAUUGAUGAAAGUUCUAUUUUUCAUUUAGAUGAAUCUAUAUUUAUCAUUAGGUUGACCGAAGGUGAGAGUGAUUACACAAUUCAAAAAACCGAAAAUGAUAAAUUAACUCUAAUUUGCAAUUGUAAAGCAUAUUUAAGAAAUCCAGAACCUU